AUGGGAAAUGAAGAGAGUAUGUCUUCAAGUCAGUCAAUAGGACUGCCUGCAUCAGCUCCAACACAGACAUCAUCUGUACUUACCGAGCUCCAAGAAUCAGAAAAAGAAUGCAUCGAAAAAUCUCAAAAAGUUAUUACAGAUUAUGAAACGUAUUUCCAGAAACGAGGAUCAAAUCUGAUAGAAGAUUUUAAUAAUAAUCUACGUUUUGAUCCGCCAAUGUUUGAUUUAGAAAGAAAAUUAAUUGAAAAUACAUAUAUUGACUAUAGACCUUUACAAUCAGAUAUACAUACAAGACUAAAGCGUUAUAAAAAUAGAUCGCUCUACGCUCAUGGCAUAGAAGUUCAAGAAAAAGAACAAACGUACAAAUUAUAUGUUAAGGCCUUUAUAGAGAAUGAUAAAUACGAGCUCGAUGUCCAAGUAAACUCAAAAAUGCAACGACUUAUGCUUCUUAAAAAACAAAACGCGGAAUUAAAAGAAAAAAUUGAAAAAAUUAAGGCCAGAAUUUUAGAAUCCAGUGUAUGA